AUGAAAGUUGCGCUUUACUGUACGCGCAAUGGUCCAUCGUUGCUUCUUGCUGUAAAACGGCUCCAUAGGUAACUAGUCAAGUGUUUUUUUAGACUACACGGGUGUACAUCUACUGUGACUAUAUUUCUCCUCUCCACCUCGACAGAAUUUGCUAUAGUGGCAGGGGGCGGUCGAGGGCUGAUGUGCAUGUGUGAAUAUGCUCUAGAGCCUCAGUGCCAGUCGGUGUCCGUGGCGUCUGGGGCAGUCCGAGUAGGAUUUGUGUGCUUUUGGAGUCAAUAUGGCGGGCAGGCAGUAAGGCUUGACAGAAGAUGCGACGGGGGUGGUGUCUCUUCAGAUGGCUGGGGACAGGCAUGGCCAUCCUGUGGCUGCUCUCCUGCAGCCUGGGGCAGAAUACCGAAGACUGGAAGUACGAGGAGUGCAAGCUGUCCAGGAAUGGCCCCCCUGCCACCAUAGUGACCAUCGAUGAGGAAAGCCCCAACGGCACGGUUCUAGUCGAGAAUAUGCAGAUCAACGGAAGAGCCCAAGAUCCAGACAGAACCAUCUCCCUGUUGCUACUGGAGAACUACGACCACUGGGUCAUUCUGGACUCAGCGAGGCAGAGGCUAUUUUUGAACAGCACCGGACGAGUUCUGGACAGGGAUCCCCCCAACUACAUCACUACCAUCGUGGUUCAGAUACAGUGUACCAAUGAACUUGUUGGCACUGUGAUUUUGCACGAGGUCCGCAUCGUGGUGAGGGAUCGGAACGACAACACGCCUCGCUUCCAGCAGCCGCGCUACUAUGUAGCCAUCAACGAGCUGACUCCAGUGGGGACCAUCAUCUUCACAGGCUUCUCAGGAAACAACGGUGCCACUGACAUCGAUGAUGGGCCCAAUGGACAGAUAGAAUAUGGCAUCCAGUACAACCCCAAUGACCCGGUAGCUAACGAUACAGUGUAUGUAGCAAACACUCUUUCAGGCUUCAUUGCUCUGGCUGAGAGACUGAACUAUGAAGAGAGAACACGCUACCUGGUCAUUAUUCAAGCAAAUGACCGCGCUACGUAUUACGCUAACAGACGGACGGCCACCACCACGCUGACUGUGGAUAUCCUGGAUGGGGACGACCUGGGGCCCAUGUUCCUGCCCUGCAUCCUGGUCAACAACACCCGCGACUGCAACCCCCUCACCUACCGCGCGGCCAUCCCUGAGUUCACCGACCCGAGCAAACUGAACCCGCUGAACGUCACCCCGGCGAUCAGAGCGGUGGAUAUGGACAGGAACAUCCAGCCGCCCUCAAACAGGCCGGCCAUCCUCUACUUCAUCCUGGUUGGUUAUCCAUCAGCAUAUCGAGACUAUUUCUCCCUGAACAGGACAACAGCUGAGUUGCGUGUUCUGAAGCCAGUUAGCAGAGACCUGUACCAAAGCUUUACCCUCACCAUUAAGGCCGAGCAGGACAGGCAUCCCCUCCCCGCUUACGCAGACCUAGUCAUCAACAUCCUGGAUGAGAACAACCAGGCCCCGUACUUCCAGUUUGUUACCUACCAGGGCUACGUCAGCGAGUGCCCUGUAGGCGCCACCAUCUCAGCCAGCGCCAACCUCACUACCCCCCUGGGAAUCAUCGCCCUCGACAACGACAUCGAGGAGACAAAAGACCCCAUGUUGAAGAUUACGAUGGACGACUACACAGCCGUCUUCUCUCUGACCACCGCUGGGAUCACCCGCUACCUCAAGCUGCUGAUGCCGGUGGACAGGGAGAGGCAGAUGACCUACACCUUCAGGAUGAUGGCAUCAGACGGGGUCCAGCAGAGCAGCCCCGUGACCGUCAACAUCCUGGUCAUCGAUGCCAACGACAACACUCCAACAUUUGCUGAGGUCUCGUACACUGUGGAGGUGUUCACAGACAUGCAGCCAGGAGAAACUGUGAUACAGCUGACAGCAGCCGAUGCAGAUGAGGGUCUGAAUGGCCUGGUGACGUACACCAUCCUGGCUGGUGACCAGGGGGACUUCAUCAUCAACAACCGCACGGGCCGCAUCACCUUGGCGCCCGGCAUGGCCUUGACCGUCGGCCGCUCCUACGCCUUGACCGUGAGGGCCUCCGACAACGCUCCAGAGAUCCAGAGGAGGAGCACUAUCACCACGGUAUACAUCGAAGUACUCCCCCCCAACAACCAGCCCCCACGCUUCCCCCUCUUCACCUACAACGUGGAGGUCAGCGAGGCCAUGAGGAUAGGAGCCAUCCUGGUCAACCUUCAGGCUACCGACAGAGAGAACGAUCCAAUUACAUACCUCAUAGUGAGUGGUGAUUCCCAGAAGGUCUUCAACCUCUCGAAAACGGCACCGGCUGUCCGGCUGCUAUCAUACCCAAUCAGCAUGCUCUCAGCUGGAACAGAGUUCACUCCUCCUACUGGCUAUCCAGACAAGGAUACCCCUGGGGACUGGGAUCCAGAGUUCAUCCUUAUUAUCACCUCGACCGUCAUGGUCAACUCCACCAUGCUCAUGACCUCCACCACCACAGUCAACAUCGUGGUGACGGACGUGAACGAUAACGACCCUCAGUUUGACCCUGCGCUGCCCACCAACCUCACCGUGUCAGAGGAGAAGGCCAACGUCUUCGUAGGUCAAGUCAGGGCGACAGACCCGGACGCGGGGGCCAACGGACAGGUGCGCUACCGGAUCGUCAACCACCCGGGCCUGUUCAACAUCACGGCCAACGGCAGCAUCUACACGGCGGUGCGGCUGGACCGCGAGCUGCAGGGUCAGUACAACCUGGUGGUGGAGGCUUCGGACGGGGCCGUGGACCCCCGGCGGACCACUCUCACCCUCGCCGUCCGCAUCACGGACAUCAACGACAACAGUCCCGUCUUCUCAGAGCAGAGCUACGUCGCCAGCGUCCCCGAGAACAGCCCCGUGGGCACCUUCGUCAUACGCCUCUCUGCGGUGGACGCGGACCUGUUCUCCAACGUCACGUACCGGAUCAAGACGGAGUCAGCCAGACAGCUCUUCUCCUUGGACCCGCUGACAGGGGCCCUGUCCGUGCUGCAGACCCUGGACUUUGAGGACCUGGCCAAUAUGGGUCUGGGGGCCAACAUCACCUUCCAGGUGGAGGCAGUGGAUGUGGGGGGGAUCAUGCCCCCAGGGCAGGCCACAGUCACCGUCCGCAUCAGCGACAUGAAUGACUUCUCCCCAGUGUUCAGCAAGGAGCUCUACAAGGGCCUUGUGGCCCCCAAUGCACAGAAGGGCACAGUCAUCGCCACCGUGUUCGCAGAGGACAAGGACCCCCCUGGAACGCCGGCCAGCUUUGUGCGUUACAAAGUGGACCAGGACCAAUCCCCUUACAGCGGGAGCAUCUUCGACGUGGAGGUGGUGUCAGGGAGGGUCAUCACUAAAGUCAACCUCAACGAGCAGCCCAGUGUCACCUUUCAGCUUGUGGUAAUAGCCUAUGAUGACGGGGAGCCAGUGAAGUUCAACACAACCCUGGUUGAGAUUACCGUUCUGCAGCCAUCCCGCAUACCAAUCUUCACUCAAGAGGAGUACAGUUUCUCUCCCGUCAGUGAGCUGGCCCCCGUGGGGACCCGCGUGGGGACCAUCCUGGCGGCCGCUGUAAACGAAACCAUCUUCUACUCCAUCGUGGAAGGGAACGAACGAGGUCACUUCAGAGUGAACAACCGGACAGGCGUGAUCUCCACGGCGAAACCUCUGGAUUACGAGAACAUCACCAGCUAUGUGCUCCGGGUCCAGGCAGACGCCAUGUCCGUGGUCAUGUCCAAUCUGAGGGUGCCCUCCAAAACCAACACAGCCAAGGUGUUCAUCGAGGUGCGCGAUGAGAACGAUCACCCUCCGGUCUUCACCAGAAAACUCUACAUUGGAGGCGUGGCGGAAGAUACCAAGACCUUCACGUCUGUGCUGAAGAUCAUAGCCACCGAUGUGGACACGGGGAACUACAGCGCCAUGGCGUACCGUCUGAUCAUCCCUCCCACGGCAGACGGCCAGGACAGCUUCGUGAUCGAGCAGUACACGGGCAUCAUCAAGUCAGCCAUCAUGUUCCGCAACCUGCGCAGGUCCUACUAUAAGUUUGAGGUCAUAGCCACCGACAACUAUGGAACAGGCCUCAGUAGUACUGCCGACGUGGUGGUGUCAGUGGUAAACGCGCUGGAUAUGCAGGUGGUGGUCUCCAACGUCCCUCCCACUGUGGUAGAGGAGAAUAGAGAGCAGCUCAUUGGGAUCCUUGAGCGCUAUGUUCAGGACCAGAUCCCAGGCGCCAAGGUGAUCGUGGAGGCCAUCGGGCCUCGUCGUCAUGGAGAUGGGUACGAGCUCGAGGACUACACAAAGUCAGACCUGAUGGUGUAUGCCAUCGACCCUCUGACCAACAGGGCCAUCUCUCGCCAGGAGCUCUUCAAGUUCCUGGAUGGGAAGCUGUUGGACAUCAACAAGGAGUUCCAGCCCUACCUGGGCCUGGGGGGCCGCAUCCUGGAGAUCCGGCAGCCCGACAUUGUGGCCAGCGUGAAGAAGGCAGCCCAGGCUGUGGGCUACACCGAGGGGGCCCUGCUCGCCCUCGCCAUCAUCAUCAUCCUCUGCUGCAUCCCCGCCAUCCUCAUCGUCAUGGUCACCUACAAACAAUUCAAAGAGAGACAAGCAGAGUGUGCCAAGACUGCCAGGAUCCAGAGGGCCCUGCCACCAGGAGCCAAGGUCCCGCCUGCUUCUGCAAACCUAUACGAGGAGCUGGGGGACAGCAGCGUACGCGGCGGCUAUGGCAGACAGCAACAACAAUUGCUGAGGCCAUCUCUCCUAAGACCUGAGGAGCUCUCCAUGGAGUCCGGCAUCGACCCGGGGCAGGACUACUACGGGCAGGACUACUAUAAUUACGACCAGGGGUACGACCUUCCUCAGUAUGGCAGCCGCAGGAAGUUGAUUGCUCCCAUGUACGACGAGUAUGGAGAGGUGAUCAUGGAGGACGACUAUUACACCCCCCACGGCCCUGAGGGCCGAGGCAGAGGGCGUGGUGGCGGGCCCAUGCGGGGCCGCGGUGGGCCUAAGAGGGUUGGAUUCAGGGACCUGCCCCCAGAGGGAGAGAUUGAGGAGGCAGUGCCAGCGGAGGCCGAGGUGGCAGCAGAACCCUCCAAGGCUGCCAAGAGGCUGAAGUCUGUCAUGAAGCUGAGCAAACUUCUGGUAUCCAGCAAGGGAGGAGAGCAGGCCGCCGCAGGCCUGUCUCCAUGGAAGAAAGCCAAAAUGUUCAAGAUGUUUGGCGCCAAGAAGAAGGACAAGGACUACGCCAAGCUGAUGUCGGCCCGCCGCAUCGACAGUCAGGAGAGUCUGACGGGCGGUCCGGAGGCGAGCGGCCCCAUCGAUACGGUGCCCGCCGCCAGGGGCGGCCUGUCCAAUGUGAUGAAACGCAUCAACAUGACAAGCCGGCUGCAGGGCCGCAGGAAGUCUCAGGGCGGCGUGAGCCGCGGCUCAGCCACGGGCAGCGAGCGAGACGAGGAGGCCUCGCAGGCCGCCAGCGAGAGAGACGAGGAGGCCUCGCAGGCCGCCAGCGAGAGAGACGAGGAGGCCUCGCAGGCCGCCAGCGAGGACGAGAAGAAGUCAAAGGUGUCCAUCAGCGUGACGGAGGAGAGCGAGCCAGAGGCCAGUGGGAGCGGGAGCGGGAAGGAGAAAGGCUCCGACGACGAGUCUGAGAGGAGCAGCAUGGAUAAAGAUUACCUGAAGGUGGACCUGGACCGAGACGAUGCCAACGAGAGCACUGUGGACUCAGAGGAGGAGCCGGAGGAACAUCCUGAGGAUUCAGAUGAAGAGAGCAAGUCCAAGUCUGAGGAUGAUGAAACCGAGAAGGAAUCUGGCACCGAGAAGGAAUCUGGCACAGAGAAGGAAUCCGAGACAGAAAAAGAAUCGGAUUCAGAAAAAGAGUCGGGUUCUGGAAAAGAAUCGGAUUCAGAAAAAGAGUCGGGUUCUGGUUCUGGCUCUGGCUCUGGUUCUGGCGCAAAGUCAUCAGGCACAGAGAAGGAAUCCGAAACUGAGAAGGAGUCUGAAUCCGAAAAAGAAUCGGAUUCAGAAAAAGAAUCGGGGACAGAAAAAGAAUCAGGGACCGAGAAAGGUUCAGCCACAGAAGAAGAGUCUGAGGAGGAGGCUUCGGGGGAGUCCAGAGAGAGCGGCUCCACUGCCCGCUCGUCUGUGAAGUCAUCUGCUACUGGCACCAGUCAGGCCUCCUCGGAGAAAUCCGGCGGCAGUACUCAGGCCAGCGGUGGCAGCAGUGGAAGUGGUAGCGGCAGCGGUCCUGGCAGUGGCAGUGCCAGCGGUAGUGAGAGGGGAAGUGGUAGUGGCAGCGGUAGUGGUUCUGGUUCGGGUAGCGGUGCCAGUAGUGCAGCCUCCCAAUCUGGCUCCUCGCAGAGGUCCUCUAUGAAGUCUUCACAGAGCACCAAGGACUCAGAAAAGUCCAGUGCAGAGAGUGAAGGCGAGUCGGGGACAGGGACGGCCAGCGGGGGCUCCGUGUUCAGCGGCGCCAGCCAGAGCCAGAUGUCUGAAUCGGAGGCCAGCGAUUCGGAGGACAACCAGUCCCUGGUCAGCGAGCAGAGCUCCACCUCCUCCAGGUCUGCAGGAGGCAGCCACCGCUCCCGCAAGUCUGUCAUGACCCACUCCUCAGAGGGCACCAUCGACGAGGAGAGCGAGGCGGAGGAGAGCGAAGGGGAGGCGAGCGGGACAGCGGACGAGAGUAAGGAAUCGGCCAGUGAGCCGAGUGACGGGGAGGCGUCCAGGAGGUCCAGUGUGGUGUCCGAGGUGGCGGGGCCUUCCAAUCCCUACUCUGGGGUCCAGGCUGAAGCCAGUGGCUCAGAGGAGGAGACCUUCGGGGGGCUGUCCCCCAUUACGGAGGUGGACGAGGAUGCCAUCACUUCAGAGAGCAGCUCCCACGGCUCUGUGUCGGCUGCUACCAGCAGGUCGGGAAAAGGAGGGACCUCCGACACCGGCUCUGAAUCCGAAGGAAACUCCACGGCUGGGAGGAAGCGUGUCAAACUAGUGGUGGACCGGGACUACGAGAGCAGCUCCACAGGAGACGACAGCACCAGCGAGGCCCAGCGCCACCGGACGCCCAACGCCAACAGCCACAGCCACAUCAACGGGAACGUCUACCUCUCCCAGAAUGGUACCAUCGUCCGCACCAGGAGGCUCGGCCACCCCAACAACCUCAAAGUGGGCUCCCCGUGCCGCUUGGGCAAGCAGUUCAAGAAACUGGACAAGCUGGGGGUCACCCAUGAAGAAAACCUCCCCCUCAACAGCAUAGGGAGCACGGGAAACGGGACGGGCGUGGGCCUUUCCUCCACGGUGGACAUCAACCUCAACACCCGCAUCUCUGGCGGCUCCCUUGGCUCCAGCACCACAGGCCUUAACAGCAUCUGCUCCAAGUCCAACAUUGCCAAGGCCCUGAGUGAGAGGAACUGCAGCGGUGGUCAGUACGGGACUGAGGAGCAGGAGUCUUGUGUGGACCCCAAGGAGGAGCGAGAGACUGCCGAGUCCCACAGCGAACACAUGCUCUCGGAUGAGGAGGAGCUGUGGAUGGGCCCCUGGAACAGCCUGCACAUACCAAUGACUAAGCUCUAACUGGACGCCACUGGAGAAUAGCUUUCAUACCUUUUCCUUUUCCAUGCUGUUACGGUUUCGGUUGAGCGAAAUGGAGCAAAAUGAUUGUAUGUCUCUGCUUUACAAGCACCAAUCACUGUCCAGGCACGGAGGGGCAAUGUGACUGCACUGAUAGAAGGAUGUCACUAUUUUAUAGGAUGAUUUGAUAGAGUUUUAUUAGCAGAUAGUAUAUGAGGGCUAUUGUAAGACUAUGGGAUUAACUGUUGAGAGGCCAUGCUUUCUUCGGACAUGGAAAACUGGAGUAUGUGAGCGGUGACUGGCUACAACCCACUAUUCCUUAUGGAGGUCUUCUCCAUAAUCUCUCUGUUGAUUCCACGUUUUGUAAGUGUUCUUUUUCAAUCAGGGGUCUUGGCAGUUCUAAUCACAAUGUUGGUGUACGAGAUGUCUAAUACCAGAAUAAUAUAGAUAUUAUGAAUAUUACAGAGCAAUGAUUAUAUUAUGAUAUGAUUCAAUUGUGAUAUAUAUGAUGCAGUGAAAAAUGUAUUUUGCUACGUGAUUUUAUUUGCAAGUAAUGAAACAUUGUUGAUUGUCUUAUUAUUUUCUUUAACCAUUUGAAAUAAUUUUGAAAAUCUAUGAAAUUAUUUUUGUCUUUUUAUAACAAUGAAAUCUAUGAGCAAAGCUUUUUGAGAAUUUUAACCUAUGACAUUAAGACAUAACACAACCAUGUCUGUCAAUACUGUAUUUCAACUAAGUCAGUAUUGUCAUAUCGAUUUUCUUUUUCUAUUGACAUUUGUAAUUACAGAAUGUGGUAUUUUCAACUCCUUAAAACAUGAUGCAAAAUC